AUGUGUCGCCUGUCUCCUUGGGCUCCCCCCGGGGGCCGGUGCCGGGGCUGCGGCCGGUGCCCGGGGAGCCUGCCGGCUGGCGGGGAUCGGGGUGCCCAGGGCCAAGCGCGGAGCGGCGGCACCGCUGACUGUCCCCAGACCUUGGAGCACACCUGCGUCACCAUGAAGAGGAAGUUUGAGCAGCUUGAUGAGGACUCUUUCUCCUCCUCCUCCGGAUGCCACUCUCGCUCCUGCUCCCCGAGUUUUUUAGCCUCACCUGCCUGGAACUUGGACGAGGAGGUCUCCUUGUCUCAGACACCCCUGCCUGAUUUUACCCCCCCGUCCAUCUUGAAGCGGCUCCCCCGGGGAUGCCGACGUCAGGUUUCCUUCGAUGGCAUCACUGUGUACUACUUCCCCCGGUGUCAGGGCUUCACCAGCGUGCCCAGCUAUGGUGGCUGCACACUGGGCAUGGCACCCCGCCACAGCACCUUCCGCAGCUUCUCCUUGGCCGAGUUCGCGCAGGAGCAGGCCCUGGUCCGGCGGGAGAAGCUCCGCCAGCGUCUGAAGGAGGAGAAGCUGGACGUGUUGAGAAGAAGGAAGCUUUCGGCGACCAGGACGUCCGAGGCCGAGGAAGACCUGCCACUCACGGUGGAUGACAUCGAUGAUGCGUCCGUGGAGGAGGACUUGGCAGUGGCCAUAGCAGAGGGCCAGCUGGAAGAAGGGACCUUCCUGCAGCCCUUCCCUCCCCGGCGUCGGCGGGCCCUCCUGCGGGCCGCGGGCGUGAGGAAGAUCGAUCGGGAGGAGAAGCGGGAGCUGCUGGCCCUUCGCCAGUCCCGAGAGGACUGUGGCUGCCACUGUGACAAGGUCUGCGACCCCGAGACUUGCAGCUGCAGUCUGGCGGGCAUCAAGUGCCAGAUGGACCACACGUCCUUCCCCUGCGGCUGCUGCAGGGAAGGCUGUGAGAACCCCAACGGCCGGGUGGAGUUUAAUCAGGCUCGAGUCCAGACCCACUUCAUCCACACACUGACCCGCCUGCAGCUGGAGCAGGGCGCCGAGAGCCUGGUGGAACUGGAGGCCCCCGCUCAGGACGGUGCCCCCAGCUCUGGCGAGCAGGCCCUGGCCCCUCCCUUCCCACUGGCCAAGCCUUCCGUGAGCAGUGAGCUGAGUGACACCAGCUGCAGCAGCGACAUGAGUGAUUCUUCCACAGUGUCCUCCCCAGGGUCAGGCACCAGCGAGGCCCCCGGCAGCCCUGCACAUUCCCCGCUGCCGGGCCCUGCUUCCCAACCGGACCUGGAUGACGACAGCCUGGUACGGAUCCUGAGUUUCAGUGACUCUGACCUCGGCAGGCAGGAGGAAGAGGAGGAAGAGGGUAUGGGGCAUCUCGACAACCUCAACUGCUUCCACCCGGCCGACAUGUUUGGUACUGGUGACCUUGGUGGCCUGGCUGGCUGGACCCACAGCUAUUCGGGCUCGAGCCUCUCCUUGGGCAUCCUGGAUGAAAACGCCAACCUGGAUGCAGGCAGUGUCCUGAAUGGCGGCUUGGAUGGGACCAAAGAAGCAAGUCUGCCUGGCACCCCUGGGCUGGGCAGCGCAGAGACCGGCCAGAGCAGCUCGGGGGACCUGAGCUUGUCUUCCUGCGACUCCUUUGAGCUGUUCCAGGCCCUGCCCGAUUACAGUCUGGGGCCCCUCUACACUUCCCGGAAGGCGCAGGACAACGUGGACACCUUCGAGGCACCCUGCUUCCCUCUGCCUGGCUUGUCCCCGCCCAGGGACACGGGCCUGAGCUUCCUGGAAUCCUUCAUGAGCUUUUCUGAGCCGGCGGAGGAGGCCCUCACCCCUCUUAUCGACAGCCAGUUGUUUGAGGACGCAGCCCCCGCACCCCUGGUGGAGCCGGUGCCCGUGUGA